AUUAUUCGGCUAUCGCGAGAUGAUUUGGGCGAGAUCAUGGUUGAGCGGAGCAUCUCCGAAAGAAAUGGAAACAACCCCUAGCAAUUAGAUAACAGAACGCGUACUCUACUAUGUAAACAUCCAUCAUUGAUAAAAUGAAAGCUAAAUGCUAAGCGCUGUAUCUUAAUACUGUCCAUACAAUCAGCCCUCCCCAUUAGCGGGCUGAAAGAAUCCUGUGAUAUUACCGUAAAGCAAAUAAACCAGGGCGUCAAAUUUCCACAUCUGACAGUCACGCUUAUAAAAUGAGACUUUGCGCUUAUUACCCGUGUUUCUGCAGUAGCGGUUAACGGGAAGAUUAGAAAGCGCUUUAUUGCCGAUCAGGCGCUUUUCGCCAUGGAAAUGACUCUGGAUUUAAGCAAACAGACUGUGAAAAGUAUCAUGAGAACUUGGAAAUUGAAAUGGGAAAAGAAUGAGAAUGACAUUUUAAACAAAAGAAAUGUGAAGAUAACACAUGAUGCAGUCGCCGGGAGGUCUGGGAACGAAGCAUGGAUGGCAUUCCAGCACAGACGGUCUGGCAAUGGAAGCGAAACAGUAACCACGCCAAUGACAUGGCCGGGGACCUGGAGACCACCAGCAGGAGUGACAUCUCUAGAGCUUAGCUUCAAGCAGCAACGAUUCGCUUCCACCGCCCAGCCAGGGUACCGCAUCGCUAGGAACCAGCCGCGGCGCCUUCAGCCGCUGAAACACAACGACAAAUCCUCGACAAAGGGGAGUCGACACCUACACGAACCCUCCAAUGAGCAGCAGCCCCAUUCGUCCUGGGCUCAAAAGUGGGCGACAUUGCGCUCAGAGCAAACUAACGUGUUGUUCAAAGGUGUUUCCGAGAAGGAAGUGAGAGCAAGAGUAGACAAACAAUGCACACUCGGUAACGAGUAUCGAAAUGCGCGCAAACCUCGACGAAAAAGAAAAGAAACUAUUUUGAGCUUAAGCGAAAAGGAAGCUGCUUCCAUGAAGCAACUUCGUGGAGUUUACGCCAAUUCUACGGAGAAAGUUUUACGUACGGAGAGACUUCGAGAUUCUAUCAAGGCUUUACAAAGCAAAACACUACAUACGGAGAUUGACUCCAGUAUGAAGGAGUAUCGUAGGAAAAUAGAAAGCGAUAAGAAUAACCGCAGCGAGCUACGUCGCGUGCGGGAGAGAUAUCAAAAAGACAAAAAGCGCCGGGACUUGCGCUCUCAUAUUAGCCAAGGCGCACUAGACACGCCACAGGUAUCCCGACUCGCCUACGGUUUACCAGAGGAUGGGAGAGAGUUUGAGGAGACUAAAAUUGGCGCGAAAACGGAGAGAAGGCUGAAGGAAAUAUGGCAAAACGCCGUCAAACGAACGUUGGCUAUCGAUAAGUUGAUCAAUGCUAAAUCUAGAGAGGAUAUAACGCUUCCGAGAAUACGUAUCAAGAGAAGAUCCACUAGCAAGCUUAGCAACCACGCGACGCCAGAUACGGAAAGAAAGACCUCCGCUAACAGUUAUGCAGGCGUCCAGGUCGCCUUGGGAGAGCUAGAGGUCAUGUCUUCGGUUGGCUCUGAUUUCGAUGACAAUCUGACAGACAUCGGUGAAGACGAAGAAGACGGCCUAUGAUCGGAGAAUACUCUUUAGGGGAUAAAAAAAAUAUUAUAUGAUCCCAAUGUUUUAGUUGUAAUGAAUUGGUCAAUGCGCCGAAAAUUCGAAUUCGACCAAUUAAUACACAAAACAUGAAUACUAGAAUAAUAAAAUGGUUUUACAGCGCUGAUAUUUAUGUUUUUUGUCCCUUUUUUCCAUUAUUUUAUUUUACAAAUGACCAAGAUAAGAAAAAAAUACACAGCGUAAACAUUUCCUUUCUCGUGUAUAAAAUCACAAAUGGAAAAAGUGGUUAUGAAAUUACUACGUCUUUGUUUAUAAAUAUAUCAAGAGAAACCAA